AUGGUCACCCUCGAAGAUGUCUCUGGGAGGUUGCUUCAGAAGCCCGGCGACGUGCCGCACCAGGUCCCGCUGCGGGCGCCCUCGUCGUACAAGCCGCUCGACUCCUUUGCACUGAACAAGCAGCGCACCUACCAGCAGCAGUAUGGCGACAUGUACUUUCUACGCCUCACAAAGAUCAAGCCCGCCGUCGAUGAGGUCGCGGCGGCCACCUGGGAUGGCACCGUCAUUGGCGGCGAGGAGGCCAAGAAGGUGGACCGCGUCCUCGACGUGCGCCAGGGCGAGCUCUGCUGGGUCGCCGGCACCGUCUACAUGGAGAUGGCGCUCAAGCCCGACAUUCUCGAGGACGUGUCCAAGGACCGCUGGAUAUCGGCGCCCGUCUCGACGCAGCGCUACUACACCGACGAGGAAUCCACGCAAAUCAUGUUGGAGGACGAUUCGGGCCGCGUCAAGCUGGUCGGCGACAUGCUCAAGACUGUGCCCCUCGUCACCGGCUGUAUUGUGGCCGUCAUGGGCACCGAGAACACCAGCGGCGAAUUCGAAGUCAUCGACAUCAAGUUCCCCGACCUGCCUCCCCAGCCGGAGCGCUGGGCCGAAACGAAACCACCUGCCACGAACGGCCACUCCAAAGUCAAGGACGAGGAUGAGGAAAUGACGGAGGCGUCGCAAAAGCCCGGCAACAAAAUCGCCAUCGUGUCAGGGCUGUCCUUCUCAGGCGCGGACUCUUCCUACGCACUGGAACUGAACCUGCUGCUCGAGUACCUGCUGGGCGAGGCCCUUGGUCCUCCGGUGCAAGACCAGGUCUCCCAGAUUAGCCGUCUCAUCAUCGCCGGCAACUCCAUAUCCACCGCCGCAGAGCCGAAGCUCGGCGACACGGCCCAGGAGAAGCGGGUCAACAAAAAGUACGGCUACGACGCCAGCUCGUACAACGCCCUGCCAUCACAGCUCUUUGACGAAUUCGUCUCUGAGAUACUCCCCUCCAUGCCCGUGACGCUGUUGCCGGGCUUGCACGAUCCCGCCAACGCCAGCUACCCGCAACAGCCCAUCCACAUGGCCAUGCUCUCCUCGGCAAAGGAGUACAGCCGGGAUCCGUCAAAGCCCGGGGCCGAGCCGGGGUGGUUCGACUCCGUGACGAACCCCUUUGAGGCGGAGAUUGACGGCUGGAGAGUCCUGGGCACCGGCGGACAAAACGUGGACGACGUGUUCAAGUACAUUGACAGCGAGGACCGGUUAGGCAUGAUGGAGGCAAUGUGCAGGUGGCGGUGCUGCGCCCCAACCGCACCAGACACGCUAUGGAGCUACCCAUUCCAGGAAGACGACCCCUUCGUCAUGAAGACGUGCCCGCACGUCUACUUUGUCGGCUGCCAGCCCGAGUUUGCGACCAAGGUGAUCCACGGCCCCGACGGACAGACGGUCCGGCUCGUCACGGUGCCGUCGUUUUCGGAGACUAAGGAGAUUGCGCUGCUGGACACGGAGACGCUGGAGGUGACCAAGGUCAAGAUUGAGGCGGAUAUAUGA